UUCGCCAGCCUGGGACAGAAAACAUCAUCAGGAUUCAACAAUCUGGCCCAGAAGUUUGGAGGAACCGGCUUCGUCCCCGGUACGCUCGAAAAGGAGUGCGACAAGGCGGCCCUCAUCCUCAAGACGUUUUGCAAGGAAGGUGUCUACGCAGACCCCGUCAAGGUGACCGACUCAGCAGCCACGCCGCCAAUGGAGGGCCAGCUUACGACAGCCUCGACGCCGAAGCGACCACAGGCCAUGAUGACCAUCCCCACGAGAAUCAUCAACGAGGCCGUCGGGCUUGCCAUCUUCACCACCUUCCGCGCCGGCCUCGAGUUCAAGUUCGCAUCAGGGCCGGGUAUCCUCGUGGCGCGACUACACGACGGAUCAUGGAGUCCCCCCUCUGCGAUCCAGCUCCAUUCGUUUGGGGGCGGCUUUGUAGCCGGCAUGGACAUAUUCGAUUCUGUGUGCGUCAUCAAUACCCAGGAAGCCCUCGCCGACUUUAUGACCAAGCGAGUCAGCAUUGGCGGCAACGUCGCCGCCGUGGCUGGGCCGUGGGGUGUCGGGCGCGCGGUCGACUGGGCCACCAAGGUGGACAAUAAGGGCAAAGGCAAGGACACAGCCUCGCCGGAUGACUCCACGACUUUCUUGAACAGCCCUCCUGCUCUCCCGACCCUCGAGGUCAACGGAUCCCGCGUUAAGAUUGACAAGGAGAUCCGUGGCAAAGGCGGGGCUCAACCCAAGAAGUUCCAGCCCAUCUUCUCCUAUAUCAAGUCACGGGGCUUCUAUGCAGGCGUAGGGUACGAUGGCACGGUCAUCCAGGAGCGCAAAUCAGCCAACGCGGCGUUCUAUGGCAAGGUGGUGACGUGCGAAGAGAUCCUACGCGGACAGGUGCCGCCCCCGGAGGACAAUGCUGCGCUGCAGAACCUGUGCGACGUGCUCAAGGGUGCCGAUGGUGGUCAUGGCAGGAGCACGUCCAUUGAUGCCACGAUCUCGCCUCCGAUCAUCGAGAUAGCGGAGCAACAGCCGAGUAUCAUGGUGUCGGGCGACGGAGGAUCGUCGUCGUCGUCAGAUGGGGAGUCGACACCGUUGCCCCCCGCAUAUCCUGUUGAUUCUCUGCAUCCAGCUGAGGCGUAUGCACCGGAGAAGUUUGGUCGUAUAUAG